GCCCCCCGGCGCGGCCCCGCCCCCGCCCGCCCAAGUCUGCGCGCGAAUUCCGUGGCGCCAAUUGAGGACUGCAGUCGAGCGCCGAGCGGUUCCGGGUGUGACGCGCGAGACAGCGGCGCGCGGGGCCGGCGCGAGGAACAUCUGGCCGGAGAAGAGGAGGAGGAGAGGGGGGAGAGGGAAUUCGGACGUCACCAUGCAGCGGAGUAUCAUGUCAUUUUUCCACCCCAAGAAGGAGGGCAAAGCGAAAAAGCCGGAGAAAGAGACCUCCAGCAGAGAGACAGAGCCACCUCCAAAGGUGGCGCUGAAGGAACGGAACGGAGAGGUGCCUGAGAACGAUUCUCCAGUGAAGAGGCCAGGGCGGAAGGCGGCCCGGGUCCUGGGCAGUGAAGGGGAGGAGGAGGAUGAAGCCCUCACGCCCUCCAAAGGCCAGAAGCCGGCCCCAGGCUCUCCACAGGUCUCCCCUCCCAGCCCUGUCACAUUUCCCGAGGGCAGCCCUCCCCUCUCCAACACCUCUCCUGCGGGCCUCUCCCCAACGGGGAUCCCGAAGCGGCGCACAGCACAGAGAACGCAGACCGCGAGGGAUUCAGGGAAGGCGGCCCAGCCGGGAGAAGAUGGGCGUUCAUGGUGGCUCCUUCCGUCUACAGGAGUCACUAGCGAGGGCCCGUCGCGGGACCCGUUGCUUCCUGGCCUCUCGCACACGUCUGAGGCCCCGGAAGAGCCAUCCGGGACACGCACUGAUGCUCGGAAGCAGCUUCCUAAACGGCCGAUUCAGGAUAUCCUGGAAGAACAGAGCAAGGAUGAGGACAGAGAGGCAAAGAGGAAGAAGGAAGAAGCAGAGACCCCAACAGAAAGCCUCACAGAGCCUGAAUUGGCCCAAAAGGAGGAAGCAGAAGGCGACCGGCCCACGACGCCCGCUGAGCACUUAGAGACCUCCCCAGCCGAGCCCCCGACAGACAGCACCUCAGAGCCUGCGGUGGCCGGAAAGCAGGAAGCACGGGAGGGGGACCAGGCUAAGCCUCCCCCCAGAGCUCCCAAGACGGUCAGCAGUUUCUUCGCCCCCCGGAAGCCGGCGACCAAGAAAGAAGGGAAAGAAGAGGGACCUGGCACCCCUAGAAAGGAGGAGGCCAAAGGACCCCUGGACCCCUCCGGCUACAACCCGGCCAAGAACAACUACCAUCCCGUCGACGACGCCUGCUGGAAGCCGGGCCAGAAGGUCCCUUACCUGGCUGUGGCCCGGACAUUUGAGAAGAUUGAGGAGGUUUCUGCUCGGCUCCGGAUGGUGGAGACACUGAGCAACUUGCUGCGCUCCGUGGUGGCCCUGUCCCCCCCAGACCUGCUCCCCAUCCUCUACCUCAGCCUCAACCGCCUCGGGCCGCCCCAGCAGGGCCUGGAGCUUGGCGUCGGGGACGGGGUCCUCCUCAAGGCGGUGGCCCAGGCCACGGGGCGGCAGCUGGAGUCCGUCAAGGCCGAGGCGGCCGAGAAGGGCGACGUGGGGCUGGUGGCCGAGAACAGCCGCAGCACCCAGAGACUCAUGCUGCCCCCGCCCGCUCUCACGGCCGCCGGGGUCUUCGCCAAGUUCCGAGACAUCGCCGGGCUCGCCGGCAGCGCUUCCACAGCCAAGAAGAUGGACGUCAUCAAAGGCCUCUUUGUCGCCUGCCGUCACUCAGAAGCCCGAUUCAUCGCCAGAGCCCUGAGCGGACGGCUACGCCUCGGGCUGGCAGAGCAGUCGGUGCUGGCCGCCCUCGCCCAGGCCGUGAGCCUCACGCCCCCCGGCCAAGAUUUCCCCCCGGCUGUCGUGGACGCUGGGAAGGGCCGGACAGCGGAGGCCCGGAAGACGUGGCUGGAGGAACAGGGCAUGAUCCUGAAGCAGACGUUCUGCGAGGUGCCCGACCUGGACCGGAUCAUCCCUGUGCUGCUGGAGCACGGCCUGGAGCACCUCCCGGAGCACUGCAGGCUGAGCCCAGGGGUCCCCCUGAAACCGAUGCUGGCACACCCCACCCGCGGUGUCAGCGAGGUCCUGAAACGCUUUGAGGAGGCGGCUUUCACCUGCGAGUACAAAUACGACGGGCAGAGGGCACAGAUCCAUGUCCUGGAAGGUGGGGAGGUAAAGAUCUUCAGCAGGAAUCAGGAAGACAAUACUGGAAAGUACCCGGACAUCAUCAGCCGCAUCCCCAAGAUUAAACUGCCAUCAGUCACAUCCUUCAUCCUGGACACGGAAGCCGUGGCUUGGGACCGGGAAAAGAAGCAGAUCCAGCCGUUCCAAGUGCUCACCACCCGCAAACGCAAGGAGGUGGACGCAGCAGACAUCCAGGUCCAGGUUUGUCUAUAUGCCUUCGACCUCAUCUACCUCAAUGGAGAGUCCCUGGUACGCGAGCCCCUUUCCCGGCGCCGACAGCUGCUCCGGGAGAACUUCGUGCAGACGGAGGGCGAGUUCGUCUUCGCCACCUCUCUGGACACCAAGGACACAGACCAGAUCGCCGAGUUCUUGGAGCAGUCCGUGAAAGACUCCUGCGAGGGGCUGAUGGUAAAGACCCUGGACGUCGACGCCACCUACGAGAUCGCCAAGAGAUCACACAACUGGCUCAAGCUGAAGAAGGACUACCUCGAUGGCGUGGGUGACACCCUGGACCUCGUGGUGAUCGGCGCCUACCUGGGCCGUGGGAAGCGGGCCGGCCGCUACGGGGGUUUCCUGCUGGCGGCCUAUGACGAGGAGAGUGAGGAGCUCCAGGCCAUAUGCAAGCUUGGAACUGGCUUCAGUGACGAGGAGCUAGAGGACCAUUUCCAGAGCCUCCAGGCCCUGGUGCUGCCCACCCCACGCUCCUACGUCCGGGCCGACGGCGCCGUGGCCCCCGAUCACUGGCUGGACCCCAGUGCCGUGUGGGAGGUGAAAUGCGCCGAUCUGUCCCUGUCCCCCAUCUACCCCGCUGCCCGGGGCCUGGUGGAUAGCGAGAAGGGGAUCUCCCUCCGUUUCCCCCGGUUUAUUCGCGUCCGCGAAGACAAGAAGCCGGAGGAGGCUACCACCAGUGCCCAGGUGGCCUCUCUGUAUAAGAAGCAGAGUCACAUUCAGAACCAGCAGGGCGCGGACUUAGACUCCGACCCGGAAGAUUUCUACUAGGCUCCCACCCUCCCCGGGACAGCGGGGGCAUCACCUCUGUUGUUCAGCAAAUCCGGUGUCACAGUCGAGUGGGUUUUGAGCGUCAUGUGUGUGUGCGCGCGCGCGGGGACAGUUUAAGUUGGGAUCCGGGAUUUCGCCAGUCGUUUGUGUUUUCAAUAAAUAAUUAUUGAACCCCCA